AUGUUCGAACAGCAACACUUUCAACUUCACAGUCACCGGAAUCAGCUUACGGUGAAGAUGAACAAUAGAGUGAAAAGAAGAGAAAUGAAAAAGCCUAAAGAAGAAGAGAAGCUUCAAGUUAUGGACUUGAGUGGCAUGUCCUUGGACUCACUUCCUAAAUCUUUGCUUGAUUUAGCCAUCAUUUCUAAGCUUGACCUAUCUAAUAACAAUCUAAAGAAUAUUCCGGAGUCAUUAACUGCAAGAUUACUGAGCUUAGAAAUGUUAGACGUGCACUCCAACCAGCUCAAAUCUCUCCCAAAUUCCAUUGGUUGUCUCUCCAAGCUCCAAGUUUUGAAUGUCUCUGCCAACUUCAUUGAAUCUCUUCCUGCAACCAUUGAGAAUUGCAGAGCUUUGGAAGAAUUGAAUGUCAACUUCAACAUGUUGAGCAAGCUACCAGACACAAUAGGCUUUGAGCUCAUAAAACUCAAGAAGCUUGCAGUCAACUCCAACAAAUUGGUUUUUCUUCCUAGCUCCACCUCUCACCUUAUGGCUCUCAAGGUUCUUGACGUCCGUUUGAACUGCCUCAGGAGUCUCCCCAACAACCUCGAGAACCUCAUCAAUCUUGAAACCCUAAAUGUGAGUCAGAACUUUCAAUACUUGGAAUCCCUGCCAUACUCCAUAGGGCUCCUCUUGUCUCUGGUUGAAUUGGACAUUAGCUACAACAGUAUCAAAACAUUGCCUGACUCCAUUGGGUGCCUCCAAAAGCUUCAAAAGCUAUGUGUGGAGGGAAACCCGCUCAUUUCGCCUCCACCAGAGGUGGUGGAACAGGGUUUACAUGUGGUGAAGGAGUACAUGAGCCACAAAAUGAAUUCGAGCCAUAAAGUCUCAACUAAGAAGAAAUGGUGGAUGGUGAAAUGUGGAACCUUCAAUGGACACAAUAGAAAUGGGAAACAAACAGAACACAAAGGUUUUAGCAUGCUUCAAUAUCAACCAAUGAAUGGUCUUGCAACACCAGGCUUCAUGGAAAAGUUGUUACCUCUUCGCCUAUUCUCACCACGCCAUUCUUUCAAUUGA